GCUGGGAUUGAAUAGCCAAGCAAAGGCAAUCAUUUAUAAUGUUACUACAUUUAUGGAACAAGAGGCAGCACAUUUCAAAACAACCGAAAACCUGUUAAUACCUUUAAGUAAAUUGACGGAUAGGAUUCUAGCAGCGACGGGUAUAAGCAAAAACACCUUAACCAAAAUAAGAAAAGAAGGUAGAUACGUAAAUAAAAAUGAAGCGACUAGUUUAUCUUUUAAAAGUCCAAAAAGAAAACGUUGUCGUUCCAAAAAAAUUGAAUUGAGCACUGGACAAGUGAAAACCAUCAAAAAUAUUAUAUACGACUUCUACACCAUCGAGAAAAGAUCCCCUACAAUUAAUGGUAUCUAUCAAAAACUAAAGAACAAACAAAUGGAAUUUCCAGGGUCAAAGGAAACAUUAAGGAAAACGAUAAUUGGAUUAGGCUUUAGGUAACAUAGUAAAAGUAAUUAUUCAGCUUAAAAAAUAAAAUUGUAUAAUGGAUAA